UACCCAACUCUCGUUAUUCAACAUCGGUGCCGAGACUUCACCUGGGUAACAAAACAAACGCUUGCAUGAUUACGAAUUUGGAAGGUACCGCUUAAAGAGUGUGCAAUACCUCGAUCUAGGAUAAUAUAGCACAGGAUUUUCGAUAGAUCUCGAUGGAUUUAUAAGGAUAUUGGCACCAGUGGGUCAAGGUCAAUGGAGGAAACUAAAGUAAUAUUUAGCAAGAAGGGCCUGAAACGGAACGGCUACACAAUACACGAUGACGUGGAUAACAAUUAUCAUGACGUAGAUAACAAUUAUGAGGACUGGGAACGAGAGUACUACUCAGAUGAAGAUGACGUGUUCAUGGAAGGGCCAAAGAUGGACCGGGCGUCUGCGUCAAAACCACUCAUGCAUCCUCGACAAAGGCCAAAGGUCAAAAGCCGUACGCCGAACUGUCGAUGUCGCAAACAGUUAAAAACGAUAACGUGUUUCUUAGUUAUUGUGUUAUCUCUAGGGUCGCUAAUGACAUUGAUAAUAUAUCUAUACAACAAACCUCCGGGUAAAACGAAAGACAAAGAGGGACCGGAAAUAGAAUCGCAAUCUGCUGAUAUACCGGAAGUGGUUGGCUGUGAUUCGUUUAGUGUGGAGGAUGUUUGGGUAAUGGGGUUUCCUAAGCUUAUAACAGAGUCUGCCUUCCGCUUAGUGGAUGUAAACCAGGACGGUAUCCUUGACAUCAUCCUGGGAUUCGGUACAGGAGCCGAUGGGUACUACCUUCCAGAUAUUGUCUGUGAUAUUUAUUUUAACGGGACACAUCCGUGUUUUGGCGGGUUGAUGGCACUGGAAGGCGCCACUGGUAGGGAACUUUGGCGUCAUUAUUCUCCGCACGAGCUGUUUGGCGUGAAUUGUAACGCGGAUUUAAACCAAGAUGGUGUCCUCGAUUGUUUGGCCGGGGGCCGUGCCAAUGCCUUCCAAGCUGUAAGUGGACGGGACGGCUCUCUGUUGUGGAACUUUGACUAUGGUAAAGAGGAGAUUAUGAACCUGUAUACACCUCAGAUCAUCCGGGACCUUGACGGAGACGGCACUGUCGAUAUCCUUACAAUGCACGGGGGUGACCCGCUACAGGAACCAGGAAGCAAGUACAGACUAUCAGCACGGAUUAUAUUAUUUAGCGGAAGGACGGGGCAAAUAAUAAAGAAAAUUGGCGUACCUGAUUACCGGGAGUCGUAUUAUUCGCCACAGCUUUACACGAUGACUGACGGCACAGAUAUCGUUUUAUACGGGACUGGGGGCGAGACACAUCCAGGUAGUCUGUGGAGCAUCACGCUGGAUAACCUGUACCGCGGGGAAAUACAAAAUUCACGACUAGUGUAUACGGACGAGUAUAAGGGGAUCAUGACGCCUCCAGUGUUACUAGACCUGACGGGAGAUGGCGUGGACGAUAUCGUCAUGGCAAUGUUUAACUCCUCCGUGUUGGCGAUAGAUGGCGCCACAUACAGCGUUCUCUGGAACAGAACCUUCCCGUGGUCAGAGUCUUACAAUACGCCAGCCCCAGGGUUCUACAACAAUGAUGACGUACCGGACUUCAUGGUCAAGUACGCCCACGGACCUGGCUUCCCUAUCUACUACCGGUCACAGACAACAAUACUGGACGGUCGGACGGGGAAACCCCUUCUGGAACGGUCGUUGUGGGAUACAAUAGGGGCUCAGGCUUCACCUCUCACCGUCAGCAUCGAGGGGACCGGAAAUGACGUAUUUCUCUACUGGAUGUCGGACUGUCUGGGGCACGAAGGAGAAGGAGGCCAAUUUAAAUUCAUAGAGGGUACGAACGUUCACGAGCAAUCCCGGGCCGACUUCUGCCGACUCCGGUUUAAAACGAAGGGUUAUAGUAAAAUUCUGGCGCUGAGUCGGAAUAUUAAAUCACCCGGCCAUCAAGUAUACUACUCCGAUGAGCGGAAGGAUAUAGAAAGGAGUAAAUGGAUCAACACGUCCGCGGAGGCGCUAGAUUAUCUACGGUCACAUCCGGAACAGCUAGAGAGCUACAUGGAGCUGGAGGAAGAAUCACGACAGUCGGAUAUGGAAAGACCAUUGAACAAAUAUAAGGAUGCAGAGAUGCUCAGACAAAAGGAAGGAGAGUACAUUUACAACCCACAGUCCGAUCACCAAAGCCUGAGAACAGCUUCAAAGAAAGGACCACCAGUUAACUCCCCUUACAGACCAGCCUCGUUACCGUCAGCUGCUGUCAGGGAACAAACAGGAAGUUACAUGGAACCAACUAUGUACGAUGAUAUCAGUGACGUCAUACAGAAUGUCGCAGGCGAUGAUUAUACAGAUGAUUCAGAAAAUCCCUAUUAUCAGAAACCUUAUAGAAACGGUUACACUGGUUACGACCACUCACCAACACGCUACAGGUCACGUGGUAAGGUAAACAAUAGACAACCACCUAGGAGAACGUUGGAUACAAUUGAACAUAUGCGGCAUAGACGAAUAACUAGAAAUACUUUAAAUAAAAAAGAAUCUGGAAAGAAAGUAAGUGAUAGAUUUCAUUCGGAAAACAUAUUCAAUUCCGAUAAAAAGACAAAUAGUCAUCGGAAACGGAAACGGCGCCAUAUUGGACCACACGAUGAGGAUGGGCUUCAGAGACUAUUGUCCACCGGAACUCUUGCUCCUACAACGUUAUCUCGGAACCACCCAGACUUUAACCAUUCCAUGGACUUUGUGUUCGCGACAUAUUGGUUCUUCCCUGCCAAAACACAAGUCAUCCUUCCAACCGACCAAAAGUGUAUCGAUGAAAAACUAGACAAGGAGAAAAUACGAUUCAGUCCGACAAGUAAAUACUACGGUCUUGACCACGACAAAUACCAACAUGUGGUCAUUCAAGAAUGUCUACAGGCUUCCGGUCAUGCGCACUCAGAUGACCAUUCCAAAACCACAUUUCAAAGUCUGGAGACGUUUAACCCCUAUAAGAUCAAUAUGGGACAGAUGACGGUAUACAGGUUACGUCUGACAUGUAAGUGUAGCAGUGUGCCUCAUAACGGUACUGGUCAGCGGUGUAGCCGGACACUACCCUUCGACCAGCAACAGUGGUCAGCUUAUAUGGGUAGUAAGGGCGACAGUCAUUGGAAACCGAGAUCUACUGACCACAGGAUCAAGAUUUAGACAGACUGUACUACUUGAUGUCCAGGCGGCGGACAAGGACAUCAUUCAUAAGGCGACAAAGGAUCUCCAGAUGAGAAAACUAGAAAUAUUAAACAUGUUACUACUGUGUGAUUUAGACAGACUUACAAUCCUCGGGGUAA